UUAGCUUCUCGUAAUGUGCUGCAGUUUUCUGUAAUUGUUUGGAAAUAAACAUUAAAACGUGAUUAUUUUAUCUUAUUUGUCAUUAUUUGUGUAAUGCAAAAUCUAAAAAAUGAUUGUGAAUUGUGAUAAAAGCGGUAGAAAUCGACAACAACGCUUUUGAUAUUACCAUUCUUCGCUCAGCGAAGUGACGCCAUUUUACGGGAAUGAUCAGCCCGCGGCUGCCUCACAGUAAGCCUAAUGUAAGGAUUGCAUUGUCUAAACGGAUGCACGGAAACAAAUCUUUAUUAUUGUACUCGUACUGGACGUACGAUUUUAGAGAAAAUUAUGGAAGAUGGUAAUGUUUUCAAUACGAAAGACGACAAACACGCCUCAGCAUUAUUGGCAAACUUAUACAGUGAUAGACACUCCAAAUUGACGUCGAAUGGACACGAUCCAGUCGGGGAGACGUCGAGCCCCUCAGAAGACUCGUAUAAUCAGUGCCGGUCCAACAUUGACAACUCCAAGGACGACAAGUUCCGAAAACGCAUUAACCCUUUAAGAAUACAUCUUGGCAAAAGACCUUUUGUGGACAAUUCACUUCAAUAUCAUAGUUCAGUGAAAAAGAAAAAACAAGUGCAUAAAUCUAGUGAUACAAAAUCAAUACCUAACUCUUAUCCUAGAGUGCCGAAACUUAUUCCUAAGCGUGUAGACAGAAACCAAUUUCAUAAUGUCACAUCACAAAUGGGAUGUAGUGCAGUGGAUAAUGAACAGGACAAGCCCACACCCCGGCUUGUGCCCAAAAGCCAAUUGCUACAGUUCAAAAAGGGUAAGAUUGAAAAAGGCGCCCAAUUGAAGGAAUAUGCACAAAGUCUGGGUUUACAGCCCAUGGUGAAGUUCAAAUGUAGAAAGUGCUGUUCAAUGUCAUUCAAAACAUUAGCAAUGUUAAAAGACCAUCAGUUAGUGUGUCGCGCACAAGCAAAGGAGCCAACCUUGAGUCCAGAAGCCACACCUACUGCUGAAGUAAGCUCUGGUGGUCCUUCGAGAGUGACAAGAAAGGUGUAUUUGUGUUCAGCCUGUGGUACUUAUUAUGAGAACUGGAAUCUCUUUCUUCACAUGCGGGAAGUUCAUAGUAGACAUAUUUGUUUGUUCUGUUUGGGCAUGUUUUCAAAAGCAGAAAAGUUGUCAUUGCAUUUAACUAAUAAACACAACGUUCAAGAGUUCAGCUAUGAUAACAAAAAAGAAUUUAUGGAUAUCUACAAUGGAACACUAUAUUUAAUGUGUUGUGUCUGUGAUGAGAUCUGUAGUGAACAAGAUGAUUUUUUCAAUCAUGAUUGUAACAACAUUAAGCCAAAACCUGUGCCUGUACUCAUUAGUAAAAAUGCAGUAAAGUCUAACAGUAUGAGAAAUAUAAAAAAUUCUAACGAAAUAUCAACAAAUGGCCCUAUGAGUGUAGUUAAUCCGUUAGCGAAACCUGUUAGUGAGAAGAAACCUUACAUGAAUGAAAUUAAACCUGAAACAGUUACAUCACAAACACAAAAAGUUCCAGUAGGAGUAACGGACUAUGAGCCUGUCAAUAGUGAUUCAAGUGCUAGCUCUGAGACCUCUGCCGCUACUAGUAAGGAUAUUAGUGAUACAAUAGACUCGGGUAUGCAAUUGGAGAGUUCAAAUACUAAAUCAGAAGGAAGCCCUGCACAUGAAAAUAAUUUCAGUUCCAAAAUAGACAAGCAGUUACAUCCGAAUGGGGAUGAUAGUUUAGAUCUGUCAGAUGAAAGUAAUUCACCAAUUCCUGAUGAUUUUAAUAAGUAUUCUAAUGAUGAAUUUUCAACAAAGCCAGUAGAUGCUGUUCAUUUACCUGUUGAAAAGGAAAAAGAAUGUGGUAUUAAAUUAAAACUUAGUUUAAAUAAAGCUAAUUCACCAGUUAUUAUUAAUUCAACAGUAGAUCCAACAAUUGGGCAAAAUGUCACACAUAAACCACCAACUCGAGUAAGAAGACCACCUAAGCGUUAUGAAAAGGAAAAACCAGUAGUAGAUACAUACCAUACAAAACCACCAUCAAUAAAAAUGACCAUUUGUGAUAAAGCAGACAGUCCAUUUGUUAAAACAACUAUAAUUGAAAAUAACAAAGAAACAACUCUGAAAACUCUUUUAAAUAAUAAUUUAGAAUCUGUAUCAAAAUCUCCAGAACAAAAAUCAGAAAAUACUAUAAAGUCUACAAUUUAUGAUAACAAAAUAGAAGAUGUGAAUACAUUGAACAGGGUACCAAAGCUAACAGUCAGAGUUCCUAAAGAGCUUUUGGACAAAGAUUCUUCCAGUGAUUAUUCAUCAGAUAGUGAUGUUAGUGACAAGCUAACAGUCGAUGAAAACAGCACUAUAAAGGAGUCGGAAAAUAAUAAAGUAGAAAUUCCACUAAAGGAGGAAGUGCAACAACCCCAGCCUCCUGAAAUACCUCAGUUUAAUGAGGAAAUUAAGGAAGACAUUACAGUACUAAAACAAGAGGAUGUUAAGCCACAAAUUGCAGAUGAUGAGGAAAACAAAAUAGAACCUAAGACUGAACCCACAGAACAUGACAUGACUAUUGAACCAAAAGUAGAAGAACCUGAAAUUCCUGUAACUGAAUUAUCACUAGAUAAGCCACUGGACAAAUAUCCUCUUAAAGAUCUGUUAAAGGUAUUCCUAGCAUCAACAUGCCAUAACUGUAUUUACUGUAAUCAUGUUCGUAAAAUUGCUGUGAAUUGUGAGCAGCUUUCACUACAUAUGGUGGCUCAGCAUCGUUUUUCAGCCACUGUUGAUAGUAUAACUGCAGAAGUGUUGUUACCAGAGACUAUUACAGCCAAACUGAAGACAGGAGCACAAGAUCUUUUGUCUGUUUAUAUAAACUUGAACUCUUAUGAUAGUGCCGAAAUGUAUGAUGAUGUGCAGUAUGAACAUAUGUUUGAGUGUUUUCAGUGUUAUUUUAAAACUGCUAUUCAUAAAGAUCUCUAUUUACAUAAUCGUAAAAUGCAUCAGAAAACCAUUUUAUUAUGUGUUAUGUGUAAAUCUAAUUUCUAUAGUUAUAGUGAGUUACUGUGUCAUUUAUGCCCUGGAACAUAUGAUUCAGAAUAUGAGGUUAAAUUUAGAUGCUGUUUAUGUAAUGUAGACACCAUACCAUCACCAUUUAGAUUAAUGGUACAUCUUAGAAAGAUUCACCACACUUGUGAUGUAUGUUUAGAAUUUUGUCACAAUCAAACCCGUUUAUCAAAUCAUGUAUGGAAACAUAAAUUACAUCAUCUUUGUUAUCGUUGUGGCAUUGCCUAUAGAAAUAAGCUUGAUAUUACUAAUCAUUUAUUUUGGAAACAUGGCACUGAAAGUGUGUUGUGUAAAAAGUGUCUUCAGAAGAAAUGGCCUCACGUAUAUCAUUUUUGCUCACCACCAGCACUAUUUACAUGUGAAGAAUGUAGCUUACAGUUUACAAAAGCAGUAUAUCUGAAGGUUCAUAAAAGAUUCCAUUCAAAUGACUAUCCUCAUACUUGUGCUGAAGAUGGAUGUAGUGAGAAAUUUGUAUCAAAAAAAUUGUUGGUUAAACAUGUUGAUGAGCACAGAAAGAAAAUGAUAAUGGAAGAUUUAAAUGAAGAUCUACCUUCAAAGGAAACACCAUUAGAAGUAUCCAAAGAACCAAUUCCUAUUAUCGAUUUAAUUAAUGAUAAUCCAAAAGAUGAUGCUGGCACUUUAAACAGUAAUGCUGAGGCUGGAACUGAGCAACUUUCCAAAAAAGCAAAGAAGAAAAAAAAUAAAGAAAAAGAUGCUUUAUUAUUAGAUGUAAAUUUGCCAGCUUUGGAUUUAUCUGAAAGUGAUAGUGACGAAUCUGAUACUGGAAUACUUCCUACUAAUAAAGAAGAUGCACCAGAGGACAAAACAGAGGAUAAAAAAGACGAAAACUCAGAAACAGGUGUAAAUCAUAAUGAUAUUGUUAAAUUUAGUGAAGAUUUGCCAGCUUUAAUAGAAGAGAACCCAUCACAAGCAGAAGAAGAAAAACCUAGUGAACAGCAAGUUCUUGAUAUAUGGGAUAAUUUUAAGAAAUAUCAAGCCAAAGUGGAAAAACAGAAAGAAAAGACUCCACCUUUAGUUGUCAUUAGAAAACAUGUGUGUGAAUCUGAUCAUGAUUAUUGUCUAAUACCUUCAGACAUAAAUGGUGACGAAGAAUCAUUUGCUAUGGAUAAAAAGAAAAACAAGAAAUCUCCAAAAAAGAGGCAUGGCGAUUUAUCCUCUUCCAGUAGUAGUAGCAGUGAUAGUGACUCAAGUUGCUCAUGUGGUUCAAACUGUAGUUGUUCUUCAAGCAGUGGUUUAUCAUCAUCUAGUUCAUCCGAUUCAGAUUCCUCUGAUGAGUCUGGUAAUGAAAAGAAAAAGAAAAAGCAGCUAAAAAAGACACUACCAAAUAGAAGAAUGAGCAAUGGUUCUAAUGUUGAUGUUAUGGGUAUGUCCGAAACGCCAGUUUUAAUUCCAGAAAAGACAGAGCCGCCUAUUCCUGAGACAGAUUUAGAAACUGAUGAAAGUGAAACCGAUGAAGAAUUUUAUGAUAAACAUCCUCAAAAGUUAGCAAACAAACACACAGAAAAGCGUAAUCAAGUAAUAGCAGCAGCACCAUCUGAUGGUGGCUCAGUAUCGGGUGAGGCUAGUCGUCCUGGGACCCCAGUAAAUGAGGAAAAGGAGAUAAAGGAGUUAACUGAGACAAAAGAUGAAACAGAAUCAAAGGAGCAAACUGAAAUAAAAGAGUCAGUUGAAAUUAAAGAAAAACAACCAAGUAGUAAAAAGAAAAGUAAAAAGAAGAAGAAGUCAAAAAGUUCUAGAAAACAUGGACCUAUUAAGAUUAACAUUCCUAAGGAAGUUAUAGCAAAAUCGGAAGCAGAGGCCACACAACCUUUACUACCAAAUAAAAUAACAAUAUCUUUACAAUCUAACACCGUUCAACUACCUGAAGCACCUAGCAAGCCCAUACCUACUAGUACUACUAGCACACCAGUUACAUCUACGGAAAAUAAAAGAGCCUCGAAACGAAGGCGGGUUCCGAAUAAAUUUUAUGGUUACUCAAGUGAUGAAGAAACACCGCCAACUGUGACAGCUUUAAAACCACAUCUGCCGCCUAAAUUAGAAUGGAGAAAAGAAGACCUUCCUUCGCCUGUAACGCACAAAGCAAAGAAAGAACUACCCUCGACUGUCACUCCUCAGAGAAUGUAUAAUUAUAUAGAGCCUAUUAGAUUAACUACACCCAUUCCAGAUCCCGAGCCUCCGAAAAUUUUGAUGAAUACAGAAUCUAUGGAGUCCAGUGAUUCGGAUUCAAGUGACGAAGGACAAUUGGAAAUAUAUCAACCAAAUAGCUAUCAGGCACCAGCGCCUAUUCCACCUCCCACCUAUUUAAAUUCUGGCACGUCAAGUUUACCUUAUCCAUUCCAAAGGCCUGCUGUUCGCCAAGCGCGGGAAGGCGAAAGCGUGUAUUGCUACUGCCGGUGUCCUUACGAUGAGGUCUCUGAGAUGAUCGCCUGCGACGCCGAAGGGUGUUCCAUUGAAUGGUUUCACUUUGAGUGUGUUGGUAUCAUGGUACCACCCAAAGGUAGAUGGUACUGUCCAGAAUGUAGGAAAAAUCAAAAUUUCUCAGGUUACAGAUAAGUCUAAAUUGUAUAUAACUUGCUGUACUGAUAUAUGUAUAUAACUUAUUGAGGAUUGUAGAUAAUUAGCUUUACCUGUAUAUCUUUUUAGGUAGUUUGUGUAAGUUAUAGGUUAUUAGGUCUGAAGAAAUGUAUCAUUGUUAUAAAAGUACAUGUUAUGCUUGAUACUGGCUGUGCAGCCAAUUCUGUAACCUGGCAAAUUGUUACUGACGUUAACAUAUUACAGCAGAACGGAAAUAUAAAUCCGAUUUUUGA